ACUUUGUGCGGCGUGGACGGCGUGAGCACGAUUUCCGGCCCGGCUGAGCGGCGUCCUGAGCGGGUUCCGGCGUGGGUCAGGAGCGCCGCUCUCUCCCGGGCUGGAGGAAAGCGCCCUAGUCGCGGUAGUGGGGACCCCAGCGCGGCCGGGCGCGCGUGACCAUGUGGAGGCUGCUCGCUCGCGCCAGUGCGCCGAUCCUGCGGGUGCCCUUGUCAGAUUCUUGGGCGGCCCUGCCCGCCAGUGCUGGCCUAAAGACGCUACUCCCGGUGCCAACUUUUGAAGGUAUUUCCAUUCCUGAAAAGUACAAGCUUAAAUUUGUUGAAAGAGUACCACUUGUGCCAAAAACAAGAAGAGAACCUAAAAACUUGAAGGAUAUACGUGGACUUUCCACUGAAGCUACUGAGUUCACAGAAGGCAAUUUUGCAAUCUUGGCACUGGGUGGUGGUUACCUCCGUUGGGGCCAUUUUGAAAUGAUGCGCCUGACGAUCAAUCGCUCCAUGGACCCCAAGACCAUGUUUGCUAUAUGGCGAGUACCAGCCCCUUUCAAGCCCAUCACCCGCAAGGGUAUUGGGCAGCGCAUGGGGGGAGGCAAAGGUGCCAUUGAUCACUAUGUGACACCUGUGAAGGCUGGCCGCCUCUUAGUAGAGAUGGGUGGGCAUUGUGAAUUCAAAGAGGUACAAGGUUUCUUGAACCAGGUUGCCCACAAGUUACCCUUCCCAGCAAAGGCUGUGAGCCGUGAGACUCUAGAGAAGAUGCGGAAAGAUCAAGAGGAAAGAGAACAUAACAACCAAAACCCCUGGACCUUUGAGCGCAUAGCCACCGCCAACAUGCUGGGCAUUCGGAAAGUACUGAGCCCAUAUGACUUGACCCAGAAGGGGCGGUAUUGGGGCAAGUUCUUCAUGCCCGAACGUGUGUAGAGUGUAAGAAAUAAAUGUACAGAGGCUAUGGAGAGAAGGAAUCUGCAUUUUUAUCCCCCUUGGCUUUCCCUUGAAGUCUUUGGAUAGUUCUUCUUAUGUCAAAACUAAGAGCAUAGGAGUAGAUUUGUUGAUUUUUUUAAAAUCAGCACAUUAUAUUUAUAUUAUAUAAAGUUUGAGCAUAACUUGAGGAAAUAAGUUCUCAUCAGUCAUUCUUAAUCCCUUAAAAGAUUAGUAUAAGGCCUGAUGGAUUGUGAAGAGCUCUUGGUUCUCCUGGGUUGUAAGAUGAAUUUCUUCAGGGAUGAAGCAAAUGUUUGCAUCCCUCACCUAUGAUGUAAGCCUGACUUAAUGUCUAUACUGCCUUUUAUAUGUACAUACUUCAGGAGCUAGUUUCUAUGACAUUUUACUGGUUACAAACACAAACAUUUCUGGAAUAACAAAGAAAAAAACAAUGCAUAUAGGUUAAUUGAUUCAACAGAUAUUUAUUAAUGCCCAGCUAUCCAUCUUCUCUCAAUUUUGGAAGGGGGAAUGUUGGACAGUAUGGCAAGAAACAUACCUUUGACUUUUUAGGAAAAGGAACUGAUAACAAAAGUUGAAAUUGUGUGGCCCUUCCUAGGUGUGAAAUUCUCCAAAGAACGAGGGUGUUUGGCUCUAUCUUUACGUUCCUGCAAGAUCUAGUACAGUGCCAUGUAGCAUCCAAAUUAUUACUGCUGGAUGAAUGAGGGCCCCAUAUGAUUCAAAUCUCCAUGGUUCUAGCUCCCUGUUUACCUUUAAGAAGAUUAAUCUAUUUUCAGAGAUAGUAGAAUUUCUAUCCCCUAUUUAAACUAAAGGAAACACAAAUUGAUAGAAAUAUUAAACCAUUUGCUUUUUAAA